AUGCCUGUCCUUCGUGUCUAUUUGUGGUGUAAUGGCUUGAAGCAUAGAUCGCAGGGCGGGAAAUGUGCUCCAAUGAAAUCAAACGCCUGA